AUGGGGCUGGCCCUGCGGCCCACCCUGAUCAGGGCUCGUGCAGCUGAUGAUGUUGUGCACACAACGUCGGAGCAUGAGAAGGACCUCGAGGCAUCCCUGAAGCCACCGGGCAGAAACCGGCCUGGAAUGGCGGAGAUCGCCUUUGACAGCGGCUCUUCUCAGUAUUGUCUGAUCUCGCACGAGGCGCUUCCGGACCAGUUGUUGGAAAGGAUUGUGCAGCCAGAGUGGGGGCUCCGGAGUCCCAACCUCAUCCUUUCCAUCAUGGGAGGUGCAGGAAACAUGAACUUGCCUCCGGAAAAGUUCGACAUAGAUGGCUUCUCACAGGGAUUGGUUGAGGCUGCCACGCGAACCUCUGCCUGGGUCAUCACGGGUGGUACUGCAAGUGGAGUCAUGGACAUUGUGGGCAAGGCCAUGCAGAGGCAUGACAAGCAGCGUCAGGUGCCAUGCCUUGGCAUCACUCCAUAUGGCGCACUGACUUGCAAAUGGCGCGACCUUGUCAACUCCGUCUAUGAUUCUGGAUGUCCUGCAGGGACAAAGGUGGAUGCUGCUGCCGCAAAGCCUGCAGAGGGGGCGGCCCCAGAAAUGGAUAAGAACAUUCCGUUGGCGGCUCUUCAGGACAACCACUCGCACUUCAUCAUUUGUGACAAUGGCGACGUGGGAAGCAAAGCCUUCGGCACCGAGAUCCAAUUCCGCACCAAGUUCGAAGAGUUCGUGACCCGGGGUGCAAGCGCUUGUGGUUUGCAAACUAGGGUUCCGCGAGUGAUGAUCCUGGUGAACGGAGGCAAGAUCUCUUUGAUAUCCCUCGUGCAGGCCAUCAAGACCGGCUGCCCUUUGGUGGUCUGUCAAGGAACUGGCCGCAUCGCAGAUGUCAUCUGCCGUAUUCUCGAAGAGCCCUGCCCGGAAGACACUGAUUCGGAAGCGGAGGAGGAAAAGGAGUCCAUGACUGAGGAGGAGCAGUUUAAGAAGACACUCGACCAGGCCCUGCAGGAGUUCAUGCCCAAAGACACUUUGACGCCGGAAGACGUGGCGAACUUCCAGUUAAUUGUCCAGAGUGAGAUGGUCGAGAUUUACACCAUUAACGACCGCUUUGAGGAUGUUGUGCUUCGUGCCGUGCUGGGCAAUGUCACCUCUGCCACGAAGUCCACGCAGAAGGUCGGUGUAUGGCAGCAGCUUUCCCUGGCAGUGCAGUGGGGCUGUGCGGGCUACUACGAUCGUUUGGGUCAGAGGCUGGUGCUGGAGAGGGGUGGCUCUGAACGAGGACCCGAAGCUGCGAUUCGGCUCAUCUUCAAGGAGCUUGUUGGUUUUGGCUCUCGAGAGGCCAGAACACCAAUAACCCUUGUUCGCAGCGUGCGCGAGAACGCAGGCGUCCUCGUAACUUGGCUUCUGCAGCACUACCUGAAGCAGAUGGAUCAGUUUGAGGUCAACGCUGAGACUUUGCCGCCUGAGAAGGAGGGAAAGCCUUGCAUUCACUGGAGUCGUCUGGGGUUCCAAGAGUCCUGGAAGUCCUUGGAGGGUCUUCUCCUUUGGUCCAUUGAAAAGGAAGCUCCAUCCUCUGUCUUGGAGACCAUCUGGUCGUACAUGGAGGACCCUGUCCACGCAGCUCUGGUGGCAGCAUCUGCUUGUCGAGAUACCGCGGAGAGGGAACACUUCUACACAUCGUACCAAGAUGGCCUGGCAAAGAAGGAGCUGGAUGAUGCAGCCGAUCGCUUCGAAAGGCUGGCAUGUCUUGUCCUUGAGGACCUCGCGCUGUCUGGAAAAGGGGUGGACUACCUCUUCCGCGAGUCCGCCAGGUGGCAGGGUCGUACCUGCUUCAAGAUUGCCCAUGAGCUAGGCUGCAAGACGUUCGUGUCGGCGACCUUCUACCGCCUGGCAGUAGACUUGUACUGGAUGACCCCGGUCCCUUUUCAGAUCAACAAGAAGCAGCUGGAUGCGCAGUUCCUUCGAUGGUGGCCGUUCCUCAGUCUGGCUUGGAACUUCAAGGCUGCAGGCUUCCCUCUCUGGGAAUUCCUGUCCAUACCUUCGAUACAGGCCUGGACUCACGGAGUCGCUCGAGGCUGCUUUGUUGGCCUCUACUCCUAUGCGGUGUUCUACAGGCUGCUGACCUUUGGUGGCGUGAGCUUCGUGGAGGCUGUGCUCUUCCUGUGGGGCCUUGGCUUGGGUAUGGUAGAGAUCAAGCAGCUGGAGUCCAGCGGCUUUCAGGCAUAUAUACACGACUUCUGGAACUUCUUGGACGCUCUGCACAUAACUGUGCUGCUUGGGUGUCUCGUUCUGGGCGUGUUGCUGUCUGACAAGAACGAGGAGAUGAACGAGGUGGAGCACCUCUUGGAGGUCACGCACGCAAUGAACCUGCUGCCUUGCUGGAUCAGGGUGCUGCAAAUACUGCAGCUCUCUGAAUACUUUGGAACUCUCCUCAUGACCAUCUUCGGGAUGGCAAAGGACGCAGUGAAGUUCUUCAUCCUGGUCGUCAUCUUCUGCUUUGGGUUUAGCUGUGCCAUCACCCCUAUCCUCUUCACACAGAGUGGGGAGCGUGAUGAGCAGGGCCUCACGUGGGCAUUCUGGACUAUCGUUGGUAACCUGGACGAGAAAGCUGUGAACAAGCUUGACACCUUGACACCAGUAACGAGGUUGAUUGCAAAUAUCCUGGUCUAUACCUUGGCCUUGGUUUGCAAUGUGCUCCUCGUGAACUUGCUCAUAGCGGUCAUGAAUAGCACCUAUGAGCAAAAUCAGGCUGUGUCACAGACAUCCUGGGCGUUCUUUCGCGUUGAGGCCGUGCUGGAGUUUGACCACGAGUCGAUCCUACCACCACCUCUGAACCUCCUGGAGCCGUUCAUAAAUCCGCCAUCGAACUCAGACAAGGACCAGGCCCCUCUUGGGCGGAGACGGUCCGAGCAGCGCAUGCACGCCGAGAUGUCCGUGACGCGGCGCGAUCUCAAGGAUGCGCAGCAGCGGGCUUUCCGUGCCAUCAACCUGGAGGAAGACAUGGGUGAGUCGGCGUCGCUGCGUGCUGAGCUCGCAGAACUGAGGAUCAGGAACCAAGAACUGGCACAGCGGAAUAGGGAUCUGGAAGGGCUGGCAGCAAGCUACUUGCUUGAGCGCGUGGCGCCGCCUGCCGAGAUCCAAAUUCCGGUGCCAGCAUCUCCAAAUGCAGGACUGCGUCGGAAUCGACGCCUAGCGACCAUGACUUCGGCGGGCAUGACUGUUGCUGCAGCCUCGGGUAUACGCACAAUUGCCCUGACAUGGAAGCCUUUGUCAGACGGCUUGCUGCUUCUUACCUGGCCCAGCGGCUUUCGCACGGUUCAGAUUUCAAAGCUUGCCGAAGAUGCAAGGUCCGAACUUGAUGCACGCUUGGCGCGGAAACAAAGAAAGCUGGAGAUGCAGUUCUCUUUCACCACCUUGCGGGGCGGUCGAGGGCGGCUGAGGAGGCUUCCGGGUCCAGAGGCCUAUCCGGCAUGCGAUCGGCUAAUGCAAGCCAGUCAAGCAAGCUUCGGCCUGUCGAGGGAUCCUGUUUGCGACCGGAAGCUGGUUCAGGUGAUGGUUAGGCAGUACUGGCCUGGCCAGGGCUUGAAGCUGCACGUCGAUAGCAAGUUGAUGUUCGAGGAGCCCGUGCUAGCAGUGGUCCUUCAUGCUGGAGGUCCACUGGAUGGCUUGGUGCUGCAGCACAUGGAGAAGCCUGAACUCAAGGUGCCCGUGUCGGAGAGUCUAGGCCUGGCUAUGUGCUUCCAGGGACCCGCUCGCUACCAAUGGGGCCACCAGGUUCCGCCAGUCUCGGAGAGACGUGUCUCAAUUACUUGGCGUUGGUUCAAGCAGAGCUACCUUGACAGCUUCGAUCGCAGUUGA